AUGAAGAGGCAUGUUGUUAUUGUGCUUAUAAAGGUUGAACAUAGCGAUUUAGAAAUAUUUCGAUUUCUAAGAGUUGACACAUCUUUCGUAUACAAAGCCUUCACUGAGGACACACCCAAAGGCCUCACUGGGGACACACCCAAAGGCCUCACUGGGGACACACCCAAAGGCCUCACUGGGGACACACCCAAAGGCCGCACUGGGGACACACCCAAAGGCCUCACUGGGGACACACCCAAAGGCCUCACUGGAGACACACCCAAAGGCCUCACUGGAGACACACCCAAAGGCCUCACUGGAGACACACCCAAAGGCCUCACUGGGGAUACACCCAAAGGCCUCACUGGGAACACACCCAAAGGUCUCACUGGGGACACACCCAAAGGUCUCACUGGGGACACACCCAAAGGUCUCACUGGGGACACAUCCAAAGGCCUCACUGAGGACACACCCAAAGGCCUCACUGGAAACAUACCCACAGGCCAUCUCAAUUUGGCGGAGCUUGGUUUUCAUCAUGUCCCUAUUAUGUCGUACAACCUUUACGGUGUUCACAGGACACUGAGCAGCAGCCAUGAUGUCUACAUUUUGAUCCCGGCGCGAAUUAUCAUGAUACAA